GUUCGGCCCCGCGCGGGCGGGCGCAGCCGCGGCGCGUUCUGCGAAGCGCGGCAGGUGCGUGGCCGGCCUCCCUCUUCUCAGCAGCUCGCUCGCCGCCUGAAUCCUCGGGAUCCCAGCGCGGCCGGGCCGAGGAGCUGGCAUGGCCUGAAUGCCCGCGGCGACGGCGGCGGCGGCGGCAGCAGCAUGGGGAACCAGGACGCGAAGCCGAAGAGGAGUGCGGGCGAUGCCCCGCACGGAGGCGGCGGCGGCGGCAGCGAGGACGCCGCCGGGCUCCGCGAGGCCGAGGGCACAAAGAAGGCGGGCGGGGGCAAGAAGGCGCCGGGCCGGCACGGCAAGGGGGGCGGCGGUGGGGAGCCGGGCAGGAAGAAGAGCCGGUCGGACCCCAGGGCCUCGGUCUUUUCCAACCUGCGCAUUCGGAAGACCCUGUCCAAGGGCAGAGGUGCUGGCGGCUCCCGUGAGGAUGUGCUGGACUCUCAGGCCCUGCAGGCCGGCGAGCUGGACAGCGCCCACUCCCUGGUCACCAAAAUCCCGGACCUCAGCCUCUCGGCCGACGAGACGGGCCUGUCCGAUACGGAGUGUGCCGACCCUUCCGAGGUGACGCGGCCCCGGGGCCCUGGCUCCGCCGGGGUCGGGAGCCCGGCGGUGGCCGAGGAUUCGGAGACUGCGGCGGGGGUGCAGGAUGGACAAAGGACUAGCUCGGGCUCAGACACAGACCUCUACAGCUUUCACUCGGCCGCGGAGCAGGAGGACUUACUCUCGGACAUCCAGCAGGCGAUCCGUCUCCAGCAGAUGCAGCAGCAGCAGCAGUCCCUGAGCCCCGAGUCGCCCCCGGCGUCGCCCCCCUCCGCUGCCCCCCCGCCCGGGGCCUUGCCGGGCCUGGACCGACCCCCGCCGGGCCCAGGCGCCGAGGCGGCGCCGUCCGCACGCCCCGACCGGCCCCCGGCUGCAGAACAGCCCGCGGCCGCCGCCUUGCCGUCUCCCGGGUCGGCUCCCGGGUCGGCUCCCGGGGAGCGAGGGGCCGCGGACACGGACGAGGAAGGCGAGGAGGACGCUUUCGAGGACGCGCCUAGAGGCUCUCCGGGGGCGGAGUGGGGCCCGGCGGCGGGAGAGGCCCCGCGCAGGCAGGGGGCGACGCGCGAGGAGGGCGCGCCGAGGCCCAGCGUCCCCGCGGCCGCCUCCCCGCCCUGCAGCCCGGCGCGCAGCCCGCGCUGCUCCCGGGCCCGCCCGCUCCUGGCGCCCUGCUACGUCAGGACCACCACCCGGCAGCUCAGCUCUCCCGGGCCCUCCCCGGCCCCGUCCCCCAGCCAGAGCCCCCGGGUCCAGAGACGGCCGGAGUCCUCCCUGGACCGGGGGUCCGGAGCCGCCGCGGCCCCCGCCGCCGCUGCCGCCGCCCCGGCCAGGAAACCCCGCGCGGGCCGCAGCCGCUCGGCCGAUUGGACCGCGGAGCUGGGCCGAGCGCCCGGGGCGGGGGUCUCGGCGCACCUGGCGCAGCGCGGGGCGGGCGGUCUUCAGGACGUGUUCGCAGGGCGAACUCUGCUGGAGAAGCUGUUCAACCAGCAGGAGAACGGGCCUCCAGAAGAAGCAGAGAAGUUCUGCUCGCGGAUCAUAGCCAUGGGUCUCCUUCUUCCUUUCGGUGACUGCUUCAGGGAGCCGUGUGGUCAGGAUGCCCAGUCCAGCUCAGCUCCGUUUGAUCAAGAUCAACUUUACACCUGGGCUGCAGUUAGUCAACCUACACACUCACUGGAUUAUAUAGAAGGGCAGUUUCCCAGGAGAGUCCCAGCUGCUUGGCCACCAUCUAAACCUCCUGAUGAAGAACACAGGCCCAAGGAUGCUGACACAGAGUCUCAAUCUGCUGUUUUAGAAACUCCGAAAAAAUAUUCAGAUGCUGCUCAGCAGGAAGUUUGUGACAUGAAAUCUGAGGGUCAGGCCACUGUCAUUCAGCAGCUGGAGCAGACCAUUGAGGAUCUGAGGACCAAAAUAGCUGAGCUAGAGAAGCAGUACCUGGCUGCAGACCUGGAGGCGGCCACCUCUGGAGACACGUGUCUGCGAGCUCUCAGUUUGGGAGAAAAGGAAGUAGGGCAUGAAAGGAUUUUACAGGCAAAGUCCAUCCAGACGUCCCCGACAGAGGAGGGUGGGACACUGACACAUCCUCUCAUGGGUGCCCUGCCUGAGGCCACGAGUGGAGACUCAGCCGGGCUGUCCUCACCUCCCGGACCUCAGAACAAGUUCUGCGCAGAGAUUUCUUUGGUUGUGUCUCCAAGGCGAAUAUCAGUUCAGCUCGAUGCACAUCCAUCCCUCCAGGCUCCACCACCCACGUCACCGCCCUGGUCUGACAGUCAAGGACAGGCGAGCUCACAGCCUUCCCAUCCUUAUUUUCACACGGAGUUUGAAACCAGCCACGAGCACUCUGCUUUUCCCUCCUCUGAAAACAGCCAUGACAUCCCUACUGCACUGCCUCUGUCUCCCAAGUUCUCCCACCAGAUGCCUGGUCUGGGCACCGUGGCUCCUCCACGGACCCCACCCCAUGUCGUGCCUGAGCCUGCACUUCCCAGCCCACCGUGCCCCUCACCUCCUCCUCCGCCUGGUCCAGAGAUGCUGCCACCCCCUCCCCUACCUUUGCCUGGUGAGGGAAUUCCUUCCGUCCCCCCUCUUCCCACAGUAGGAAUUCCGCCCGCCCCCACUCUUCCCACAGUGGGAAUUCCUCCUGCCCCCCCUCUUCCCAGUGUGGGAAUUCCUCCUGCCCCCCCUCUUCCCGGUGUGGGAAUUCCUCCCGCCCCCCCUCUUCCCGGUGAGGGAAUUCCUCCCGCCCCCCCUCUUCCCGGUGUGGGAAUUCCUCCCGCCCCCCCUCUUCCCGGUGUGGGAAUUCCUCCCGCCCCCCCUCUUCCCGGUGUGGGAAUUCCUCCCGCCCCCCCUCUUCCCGGUGUGGGAAUUCCUCCCGCCCCCCCUCUUCCCGGUGAGGGAAUUCCUCCCGCCCCCCCUCUUCCCGGUGAGGGAAUUCCUCCCGCCCCCCCUCUUCCCGGUGAGGGAAUUCCUCCCGCCCCCCCUCUUCCCGGUGUGGGAAUUCCUCCCGCCCCCCCUCUUCCCGGUGUGGGAAUUCCUCCCGCCCCCCCUCUUCCCGGUGUGGGAAUUCCUCCCGCCCCCCCUCUUCCCGGUGUGGGAAUUCCUCCCGCCCCCCCUCUUCCCGGUGUGGGAAUUCCUCCCGCCCCCCCUCUUCCUGGUGUGGGAAUUCCUCCCGCCCCCCCUCUUCCCAGAGUGGGAAUUCCUCCCGCCCCCCUUCUUCUCAGUGAAGGAAUUCCUCCCGCCCCCCCUCUUCCCAGUGUGGGAAUUCCUCCCGUGCCCCCUCUUCCCAGUGAAGGAAUUCCUCCUGCCCCCCCUCCUCCUUUGCCAGGUGUGAGGGUUCCACCUCCUCUAGCCCCACCCCCUCCUCUCCCUCCUGGAACAGGUGUCCCCCCACCCCCCCCACCCCCUCUGCUUCCUGGAUCCGGCCUUGCUCUCCCACCACAAGCUGGGAGUAGCACUUCACCAACACUGCAGGCGUGUGGAUUUCUUCCUCCACCGUUGCCAGCUGGCUUGUUUGGGUUCGGGUUGAACCAGGACAAAGGCAGCAGGAAGCAGCCAAUAGAACCUUGUCGGCCGAUGAAACCUCUGUAUUGGACGAGAAUUCAACUGCACAGUAAAAGAGACUCCAGUGCUUCACUUAUUUGGGAAAAAAUUGAAGAGCCAUCCAUAGAUUGUCAUGAAUUUGAGGAAUUAUUUUCUAAAACUACUGUAAAGGAAAGGAAGAAACCGAUUUCUGACACCAUCACAAAGACCAAGGCUAAACAAGUUGUCAAGUUACUAAGCAACAAAAGGUCACAAGCAGUUGGAAUAUUGAUGUCUAGCCUUCACUUAGAUAUGAAAGAUAUACAACAUGCUGUGGUGAACUUGGACAAUUCCGUGGUUGACCUGGAGACCCUUCAAGCUCUCUAUGAGAAUAGAGCACAGUCAGAUGAACUGGAAAAAAUUGAAAAACACGGCCGGUCCUCCAAAGACAAGGAAAACGCCAAGUCUCUGGACAAACCUGAGCAGUUCCUUUACGAACUGUCACUAAUCCCCAACUUUUCAGAGCGAGUCUUUUGCAUCCUGUUUCAGUCCACAUUUUCAGAAAGCAUUUGCUCAAUUCGGCGCAAACUGGAGCUGCUACAGAAGUUGUGUGAGACAUUAAAAAAUGGCUCAGGGGUCAUGCAAGUUUUGGGUUUGGUUCUUGCCUUUGGCAACUACAUGAAUGGUGGAAAUAAGACUCGGGGACAGGCAGAUGGUUUCGGGUUAGACAUCCUCCCAAAGCUGAAAGACGUCAAAAGCAGUGACAAUAGCAGAAGCCUUUUGUCAUAUAUCGUUUCCUACUAUCUUCGCAAUUUUGAUGAGGAUGCUGGGAAGGAACAGUGUGUGUUUCCACUGCCCGAGCCCCAGGACCUCUUUCAGGCCUCGCAGAUGAAGUUUGAAGACUUUCAAAAAGACCUCAGAAAACUCAAGAAAGACCUGAGAGCCUGUGAGGUUGAAGCGGGGAAAGUGUACCAGGUGUCCUCAAAAGAGCACAUCCAGCCAUUCAAAGAAAACAUGGAACAAUUUAUUUUUCAAGCUAAAAUUGACCAAGAAGCGGAGGAGAACUCACUGACAGAGACUCAUAAAUGCUUUUUGGAGACUACAGCCUAUUUCUUCAUGAGACCAAAAAUUGGAGAGAAGGAAGUGUCCCCAAAUGUUUUCUUCAGUAUCUGGCAUGAAUUCAGCUCCGACUUUAAAGACUUUUGGAAGAAAGAAAACAAACUUAUUCUACAAGAGAGAGUAAAAGAAGCUGAAGAGGUAUGUAGGCAGAAAAAGGGAAAAUCACUUUAUAAAAUAAAACCAAGACAUGACUCUGGAAUUAAAGCGAAAAUAAGCAUGAAAACCUGAACAAAGAAAAGCAGAAAGAAAAUGAGUCCCUGCAGCCACUUCCACAGAAUUCAGCCGACCUAGGGCAGGAAGGAAACUCAUCAUUUUGAUCACUUUUCUUCUUGGCCUCUUGCAUAAUCUUUGUGUUUUCCAGACAGUUCACUGAUUGUUGAAUUCUACUGUAUAUUAAAAAAAAAAAGAAAGGAAAAAAAGCAAAAGCAGUAGGCCAGUGGAGAAUGUGACACCUUUUCUUUUUGUAAAAGUUUAUGGUAUUUUACCGAUAGACCAAAACAGCAUGUGUAAGAGGCAGUAUCUGCAUUAAUUCUGAACAUGCUAAACAGUAACCUUCAAUUUAAUGAUGUGCAAAUAGCCCUGUCACAGUGAAACACGUUCCGUUCUACUGACGACCAGUACUCCACAUCACUGCAUUUAGAGUUAUGGUUAAAAUGUUAUUUCUAGUGAAUUGUUUGUAUCAGUUUCACGUCUACAUAUAAAUUUUCUAUUUUGAAAUUGAAGUACCAUUUAUAUAUGUCAUAGUCAAGGCUUUCCCAGCUCUUGGGUUGGUCUCUGUAACUAUAUAUUUGUGAAAGAAGAUUUUCAUUUUUUUUUACUCAUCAGAUAAUGAAUAGAAAAGAAUAUAGCAAAAGGAAAACCCUUCCUAUAAAUCAUUUAAAAUAGGCAGGAAUCAGAAAUGAGGGUGUUUAUCAACUAUGUCCUUCGGGACCUUACAUAAAGCCAAUCUGCAGCAAAGGUCAAUUAAACCAAAGCUGUGCCUCUCUGUACUUUUACCAUUGCCCUUCACAAAGAAAAUGACACAAUUUUAAGGAAUUUAAAUAAAUGAUGCUCAUAAAAUUGCCAAACAUGACUAACUGGUGGCAAAAAAAGAGUAACUUUUAGAUGGAUUGGCAUCUACCUAGAACUUGUUACUUAAACCCAGCUGCCUGAGUAUUGUGACCUGAUUGGGGUUGUCUUUAUGUGUUAUGGCAGUUGAUUAAAAACUAUGAAAUGAGUAUGCAAGGAUUUAUGAUCUAAAGGCACCUAGGAAAAGAUUUUAUUUUAGAUUGAGAGGAAAAAAGUAAAUCUUCCACUCUCUAUGAAAGUAUUUUAAAAUCAGCUCCUGAUGCGUUGUGAUGGUUUUGUCUAACAUUAAUAGAUAUUUUAAAAAAUUCUUUUAAUGAUAUGUUUUGGGGUACAGCUGUGAAUAAAGGGGAGAAUGUGUUGCUAAUGUAAACCAAUCAUGGAAUCAACUUAAAAAGAAACUCUGAAUCAUAACUAUGUUUGUAUUUAUGUAGAGUACGGUCCUUAGCUUUCAGUCUGUAGUCGACAUGCACAGACACAGUAGUGGCUAUCGGGUUGCUGUUCUGCUGUUCUCCUAUCUCCUUCGGCCCCUCCAUGUGUACAUGACUUUCUUCAAUGAUAUAAUAGGGCAUUUAACAGAGAUCGCUAUGUGCAAUACUGUAUUUAGUGUUUCUAUUUUAAUUUUUCUAGGAUGUUAAUUUAUAUGAAAAUAAAAUGAAUAAUAAAAGA